UCGACAACGCACACGUCUCUGGGUUUUUUUCCGUGGGGUUUACGUAAAGGAUCUAAAUUUACUACAAAACAACGUGCUGUUGUGGGAGAACGCAUUGUUGUCAGCUCCCACUGCCUAUGAACGCGAAUGUGCUGUCAUCUGCCGCGGCUACACGGUCGUAAAUAUUAACAGACAGGCGGACAGUUUGCGCACCGCUAACGGUUUUAGACUUUGACGUUUCCUGGGGCGGACCUUCGCUUGACUUGGUUAAAUUACCUCAGAGACAUAUGGCAGCAUGCAGCUGAUAAAAGUCCGCAGAUUACUGUGCGUGUCUUUGCAGAGACACGAGCUCAUCCGCCGCAGCAUGGCGUCAGACCGCGCGUCGGCCGCGGAGACCACCCGCUUCGACUUCCUGGUGAUCGGCGGCGGGUCCGGAGGUCUGGCCGGGGCUCGGAGAGCGGCGGAGCUCGGAGCCAACACCGCCGUGAUCGAGAGCCACAAACUCGGAGGUACCUGCGUCAACGUUGGAUGUGUUCCCAAGAAGGUUAUGUGGAAUGCGGCAGUUCAUGCGGAAUAUCUACACGAUCACAGCGAUUAUGGCUUUGCGACUGAAAAUGCGCAGUUCAGUUGGGAGACUCUUAAGGCCAAAAGGGACGCUUAUGUUUCUCACCUAAACCGGAUUUAUCGUAACAACCUGGACAGAGCCAAAAUCCAAACCAUUCAAGGCUAUGCCAGGUUUACAGAUGACCCCGAGCCCACCGUGGAGGUCAAUGGUAGAAAACUGACGGCGCCUCACAUCCUUAUAGCCACCGGGGGGCAGCCUUCUGUUCUGAGUGAUGAUGAAGUUCCAGGUGCGAGUCUUGGAAUCACUAGUGAUGGCUUUUUUGAGCUUGAAACCCUUCCAAAGCGCAGUGUGAUUGUAGGCGCUGGUUAUAUCGCCGUAGAAAUGGCCGGCAUUCUUGCCACCCUGGGGUCCAAAACGUCCCUCGUCAUUCGACAAACAGGGGUUUUGAGAAACUUUGAUGCGUUCAUUAGCACAAACUGCACCAAAGAACUGCAAAACAACGGCGUCGACCUGUGGAAGAACUCCCAGGUGACGUCUGUGAGCAAGACGGACAAAGGCCUGGAGGUGACGAUCGUUACCAAAGACCCAGAGAAGAAGAACGACGAGAAGACCAGCACUAUCGAGGAGGUGGAGUGCCUCCUGUGGGCCAUCGGACGGCAGCCCAACUCUUCCGGCCUGAACAUCGGCAGCAUGGGUGUGGACACUGAUGAAAGAGGCAACAUAAUCGUGGAUGAAUUCCAGAACACCUCUCGGCCGGGGAUCUACGCCGUCGGGGACGUCUGUGGCAAAGCUCUUCUCACACCUGUUGCCAUUGCUGCUGGCAGAAAGCUGGCACAUAGACUGUUUGAAGGCAAGAAGGACUCCAAGUUGGACUACUCCACCAUUCCCACGGUGGUGUUCAGCCACCCACCCAUCGGCACGGUGGGCCUCACUGAAGAGGAGGCCAUUAAAUCCCAUGGAAAGGAGAACGUAAAGAUCUAUAAGACAUCUUUUACUCCGAUGUAUCAUGCCAUCACCAGCAGGAAGAGCCAGUGCAUCAUGAAGCUGGUGUGUGUGGGCAAGGAGGAGAAGGUGGUGGGCCUUCACAUGCAGGGCCUCGGCUGUGACGAAAUGCUGCAGGGAUUUGCCGUGGCCAUCAAAAUGGGUGCGACCAAAGCAGACUUUGACAACACGGUCGCCAUCCACCCCACCUCGUCGGAGGAGUUUGUCACGAUGCGCUGAUGCCGGCAGAGCCUCCAUAUCUGUCUCUCCUGUCUGACAGACGACCCAGACAACCAAUCCAGGACCAGGAUAUUCUCCCAUCAGCUUGAUGACUUGUUUCAGGAAAUUAAUUCUAAGCUUAUAUUUUUUAGCAUCUAAGUGCCCUUAAUUGUAAACAGUGUUUUUCUUUUUUCUUUUUUACCCAAACACUUUAAAUUCAGUUUGGGGUCUAUUAAAUCAUGUUAUUGGUCUUGACUAUUGACCCAACCCUGAGAAUGCACUUCAUUGACAAUGAAAUGGAAGUAAAGAAUGUGCAAGGAUCGUUGUCAAGAAAACCCUUGGAAACUUCCUUUGACUUGUCGGUUGUUUAUGUAAUUUCUAAUAAAGCCACACCUGCCCUUCAAUUCACCAUUUUAAUGCAAAGUAAAAAGAUAUAUCCUCUGUAUUAUUCUAAAGAUUAAAUAAACCUGCUGAUUUUUUUAUUUUAUUUCGUAAGUCUUGAGAGUAUUGUGUCGUUUGGUGACAACGCCCUUAGAUGUCAUUGCUUGGUUAAAGAGCUUUUCCCUUUGUGUGUUUGCAACCGAUUUGGGCUAGACAAUGACUCAAGCACUCCUUUCAUAUGGACCAAUAAGCUGUGUACCUGCUCAAACACGUUGCCUUUUCUAGUUAUGAAGCUAUGUUAACAGUAUUGCAUGUA